CUUAUGAUGAAGUUUAUUUUUUAAGUCAUAUUAAUAGUAGUGGUUGCAAGUUCCAAGAUGGUGUCAUUUCAAUUUUGAAUUUUUUUUCACCAACUUUAAAAGAUAAUCAACCUACUACAAAACGAUAUGCUUGUACUGGAUUAGACAGCCCAAUUUACAAAGCUUAUAUUAAUCGAGUAUUUAUCCAUACUACUCAUGGUGGAGCACCAAGAAGAGAAGUUGUUGCCCAAGAACUUUUUCCAAAAAAAUUUCCUCCAGAUAAGGCUUGGAAAAUUGAAGGUCUAGUAGUACGAUCUGUUUCAUGUGAGCAAUAUACUACAAAUUCUUCUCGUUUAUGUAAUUAUUGUAAAGAAGUUCAAGAUGACCAAGUUUUUAAA